AAAAAAUAUUAUUUAGUCUUUGAAUACGCUGAUGGUGGAUCGCUUCGCCAUUAUUUAAAAAAUAAUUUCAAGGAUCUUAGUUGGCACGAUAAAAUUUCUUUUGCUUAUCAAUUAUCUAGUGCUGUUUCAUGUUUACACGAAGAAGGAAUUGUUCAUUGCGACUUGCAUUCAAAAAACGUUUUAAUUAAACAAAAUACAAUUAAGCUAGCCGAUUUUGGAUUAUCCAAAAGAAUUGACGCAUCAUAUGACACUACAGAACUAUAUGGCGUGCUUCCCUAUUUAGAUCCGAAGAGAUUUAAACGAAGAAAACCUGAUAAUGUAAUGCAAGAUUACAUAUUGAAUGACAAAACUGAUGUAUACAGCGUUGGGGUGUUAUUAUGGGAAAUCUCAAGCGGUAAACCACCUUUUUAUGCUGAUAAUAAA